AUUUUGGCGAUUGAUAUCGAUGAGCCAAAGCUACCAGUUCCAUACUUGGCAGGAGAAGCUUAUUCUGCUGCGCUAGCAUCAUCGGACGGUCGAGAAUGGCGGGGGAGAAGAGCAAGAUCCUGAUCAUCGGUGCCACGGGGUACAUCGGAAAGUUCAUCACGGCGGCGAGCGCGCGGUCCGGUCACCGCACCUUCGCCCUUGUGAGAGACACCGCCCCCUCCGACCCGGCCAAGGCCAAGCUCCUGGACGACUUCAAGGCCUCGGGCGUCACCCUCAUCCAAGGGGAUCUUUACGAUCACGGUAGCUUGGUGAAGGCGAUCAAGCAAGGGGACGUGGUGAUCUCGACGGUGGGGUUCUUGCACUUGGCCGAUCAGAGCAAGAUCAUCGCCGCAAUUAAAGAAGCUGGAAACGUUAAGAGGUUCUUUCCAUCUGAGUUUGGGAAUGACGCCGACCGUGUGCAUGCUGUGGAGCCAUCAAAAACAACAUAUGCCAUCAAGGCCCAGAUCAGACGUGCUAUCGAAGCAGAGGGGAUUCCUUACACCAUUGUUUCUUCCAACUUCUUUGCUGGUUACUUCCUCCCAUCACUCGGACAAGCCGGAGAGCCUGGUCUUCCCACAGACAAAGUUAUUAUCUUGGGUGAUGGGAAUACCAAAGGAAUCUUUGUCGACGAAGAUGACAUUGGCACAUUCACCAUUAGAGCCGUGGAUGACCCAAGAACCCUGAACAAGAUUCUGUAUAUUAGACUGCCUGCCAACACCUUAACUCACAAUGAGCUAGUCUCCCUGUGGGAGAAGAAGGUUGGCAAGACCUUUGAGAGGGUGUAUGUUCCUGAAGAAGAGGUUCUGAAGAAGAUCCGAGCAUCUGCCUAUCCGAUGAAUGUCUGGCUGUCUCUCGGCCACUGCGCCUUCAUCAAAGGGGACCAGACAAACUUUCAGAUUGAGCCAUCAUUUGGUGUGGAGGCCACAGAGCUCUAUCCUGAUGUCAAAUACACUACUGUUGAUGAGUAUCUGAAUCGGUUUCUCUGAAAGCACUCGUGGUUGGCUGCUGUUGCAUAAUGAUUUUACCGAUGAGCAAGCUCAUAACAAGUGAUUUACAUGCUGUUGAACAUUUCAGUAUACACUCAGUCACGAGUAUAGCUCUUUUCUUCUUUGGUUACAAUCGCAAGGAUAGUUCAAUGACUCCAAAUCUUUUGAGAAAAACAAUGGCUGUAAUCUUCUAAUACGUUUUGCUCGAUAAUGAAUCUUCUGAUUUAGAACUUUCUGUGCA